UCGGCCACCUUAUCCAGGGUUCCCGCGGGGUAGGACCAAGCUCUCAGGCCGGCGGACACUAUGAAGUCUCUAAAGAAGGAAUCCCGCCUCAGGAUCACUCCAAACAAAUUCUUGGAGGCUGCAGAGAGCUUGAAAGAAAAGAAGCGGGCAAAGGUCCCUGAACAGUCCACACCCCCCAUUCAGGAGGAACCCGAGCCUGUGAGCAAUGUCCUGCAAGGAGAUGACAUUCUGGCCUUGGCCAUUAAGAAGGAGAACUUGAAGAAGCAACACAUUCCUCGCUUUAUUGAAACAGCAGAUAAAUCUGACAUCACCCAGAAAUUUCUCAUCCGUAAAGUCAAACCCAAGGAUCCUGGGAGGAAGGUCUGCCACUUGGUAGCACAUCCUGCCACUCCAGAUGCCACCAUGAGGCCCCUGGACUACUCCGGUCCCCGUGACAGUUUCUAUAGCGGUGACCAGAUCCUGCCCCACCACAUCUUGGGGAGUCUCCACGACUUCAGGAGAAUUGCAGUCGCUCAAGGGAACAUCGAGCUGGCUGAGCUGAUCCACACCCCACCCUGCCUGAUGACCCUCGCCCCAGCUGCUGACGAGCCGAAGCAGGAAGCCCCCAAGGAAGAGAAGCCACCUCCCUGGGCCCCGCCUCCUCAGCACAACUUUAUGAGAAACUGGCAGCGCAACCUAGCCCUGUGGAAGAGGCAGCAGGAGGCCCUCAGCAAACGCCUGAAGAAACCUGUCAGCGAGCUGCUGAUGCACAUCGGGGAGACCUACAGACAGAUCCAGGAGGAACGGGCGGUCAUUGACCGAAUCUUGCCCACGCAGCAUGAUGGGAAGUGCUCUGAGGAGUCCAGUGGGUUCUGGAGUCGACUGGAAUACUUGGGAGACGAAAUGUCGGGUCUGGUCAUAACGAAGACAAAAAGUCAGCGUGGCCUCCUGGAGCCAGUCACUCGCAUCAGGAAGCCGUACUCCAUCCAGGAGGAGAUGGGAUUGCUGGCCCGGAAGGACGCGCGGUACCGCUACACCUGGGACCGGAGUCUGUUUCUGAUCUACCGGCGCAAGGAGCUGCAGCACAUCAUGGCGCAGCUGGGUUUCAGCCAGCAGGACAUUGAUGGCCUGGAGGUGGUGGGCAGAGGGCAGCCUUUCUCAACGGUUACAGUGAAAGACUUUUUAGUGUUUGAAAAGAGCCAGAAAAGCUCCUCUGGAGACAUAAUAGGCGUCGAUUUAUUGACCGACUACUCUGAGGCGGCCCCCAUGCCCAUUCUUGGCCCUUCUCUGCUGUUCUGUGGGAAGCCGGCCUGCUGGAUCCGAGGCUGUAACCCCCAUGACAAGAAGCAGAUUGGCAUCGCCGUCCGCCUGACCUUUGAAACCGUAGAACGGCAGAAGACAUCUUCGGAGCUGACCGUGGUCAACAACGGCACCGUGGCCAUUUGGUACGACUGGCGGCGGCAGUUCCAGCCGGACGCUUUCCAGGACCUGAAGAGGAACAGGACACAGCAGUUCUACUUUAACAACCGGGAAGGUGUGAUUCUGCCUGGAGAAACGAAAACCUUCACCUUCUUCUUCAAGUCUGUGAAUGCUGGGAUCUUCAGGGAAUUCUGGGAGUUUGGCACUCACCCCACCCUGUUAGGGGGUGCCGUCCUGCAGGUCAAUCUCCACGCAGUCUCCCUGGCCCAGGACAUUUACAGGGAUGAGAGGAACUUACUGGAGAAGGAGCUGGCUUCCCACGAGGCGGUCACCAUCGCGCAGAGCAUGCUGCAGGAGCUGCUGGGCGGCAUCCUGACCCCCGAGCGUGUGCCGUCGCCCGUGGACGCCUAUCUCACGGAGGAGGACUUGUUCUACCACAGGAACCCCCAGCUGCAUUACCAGCACCAAGUCGUGCAGAACCUGCAUAGACUGUGGUACCAGUACAUGGUCCUGCCCUACAAGGCCGAGGAAGGCAGGCCGAACGAGGAGGAGCACACGGCGCCCCGGGCCUGGGCGGCCAGGAGCCAGUCAGGCUAUUUGGACAAGACCACGCUGCAGGCGGACUCUCUGGCGUACCCGAAGGGCUCCGCCAUGGAGCCCCAGCAGGAGAACGCGUACUUCAAGGAAUCCCAAGAUGCUUUCAGGCCCCAGAGGGUCCGAGUGGGGACCAAGGCUUCUCCGCGGAAGAGCAUCAUGGAGGAGAUCCUGGUGGAGGGCAGCCGGGACUGGGACAGCACCAAGAGCCCCUGGGAGCAGGCGGGCCUCCCGCCGCCCGAGUGGGACCUCUGCCUGGAGGACUUCAGGGAGGCAGCGAUGGUACUCCCCGAGGAGAACCAGAGAGAAGAUGCCCUCAUCAGGCUCAACAAAGCAGCCCUGGAGCUGUGCCAGGGACAGAGGCCACUGCAGUCGGACUUCCUGUACCAGAUGUGUUUUCAGCUGUGGCGGGACGUGAUUGACGGCCUGGUGAUCUACUCCCUGUGGCUGAGGGCUCUGCUGGGCCUGCCCGAGAAGGAGACCACCUAUCUGGACUUGCCAGAAGAGCUAGAUCGAAAAACGCCUUCCAUCAUAGAGACGAAGGUGACUCCCGGAAGAGCUGGGAAGGAGGACCGGAAAGGGAUAGCCCAGGAAAGGAAGCAGUUGGGAAUCAAAGAUAAAGAAGAUAAAAAGGCCAAGGCGCAAGGGAAAGAGGACCGUUUGAACAGCAAGAAGCAAAAGGCAAAGGACGACAAGAAACCUGCGAAGUCUUCGAGUCGGGACAGGCUUUACGUGGAAGACCCUGUCCCUGACAUCACCGUCACUUCUCAGGAGCCCAUCGAUCCCCUGGUCAUGGAGAAAUACACCCAGAGGAUGUACAUGGAGGUCUAUGGGCUGCUGGACGCCAUGGUGACGAACCUCAUGGUUCUGGCUGAUGAGCUCAAGCCCCAAAGGGACGUUGAGGAGCAUUUGCGCCCUUGCACUUGACGCAUGUGCCCAAGCAGGCUUCUGGGCAACUGGUUAACAAACAAAUCAAUAAAGAGCCUUUAAGUUCCUACCACUUCCA